AGCUGGGAAGGAGGCCUGGAGCGGCGGGCAGGGGCAGGGCACCGCUUAUUAUUGCUCCUGACUCCUCUGCCUGCUGAGCCGGCCUUGAAAGGUCCGCGGAGGCCUGCCUUCCUUUCUCUUUCUUUCCCUCCCUUCCUUCCUCCCUUUGGGCUGCCGGGGCUCGCCCUGGUUCCCUCCCCGGCGGAGGCGAAGGCGGUGUCCGGCCCAAACCCCUCCCUCCGUCCCUGCCUCUCCCUCUCUCUCUCGGGCUCCUGCCUUCGCGGGAGACUCUCCCGGGGACGCCCGGAAGCGCCGCUUGGGCCUAGAAGGCCUCUCUCCGCCUCAGCCUCCCCUCAGAUGUAGACCCCCGCGGCGUCAAGCGGGGAGGCUUGGAGAAACAUGGCGGAUCUGUCGCUGCUUCAGGAGGACCUGCAGGAGGAGAUAGACGGAUUUGGUGUGGAUGACUACAGCUCAGAGUCUGAUGCGAUUAUUAUACCUUCAGCCCUGGACUUUGUCUCACAAGAUGAAAUGUUGACACCUCUGGGAAGAUUGGACAAGUACGCUGCAAGUGAGAAUAUUUUUAAUAGGCAAAUGGUGGCUCGAAGUUUGUUGGACACUUUGAAAGAAGUGAGUGAUGAUGAAAGAGAUUGUAUUGCUGUAUUGGAAAGAGUCAGUAGGCUAGCAGAUGAUUCAGAACCAACAGUACGAGCAGAGUUAAUGGAACAGGUGCCUCAUAUUGCUAUGUUUUGUCAAGAAAAUAGGCCUUCAAUUCCUUAUGCGUUUUCAAAAUAUUUAUUACCCAUUGUGGUGAGAUACCUUGCCGACCAGAAUAAUCAGGUGAGAAAAACGAGCCAGGCAGCAUUACUUGUUCUUUUAGAACAAGAACUUAUUGAGCGAUAUGAUGUGGAGACCAAAGUAUGUCCAGUUCUUGUAGAAUUGACUGCUCCAGACAGCAAUGAUGAUGUGAAGACAGAAGCUGUGGCAAUAAUGUGUAAAAUGGCAUCCAUGGUAGGAAAGGACAUCACAGAGAGGCUGAUUCUUCCUAGAUUUUGUGAGAUGUGCUGUGAUUGCAGGAUGUUUCAUGUUCGUAAGGUGUGUGCAGCCAAUUUUGGUGAUAUCUGUAGUGUAGUUGGACAGCAAGCCACUGAAGAAAUGCUACUACCUAGGUUUUUUCAACUUUGUGUUGAUAAUGUGUGGGGAGUACGAAAAGCAUGUGCUGAAUGUUUUAUGGCUGUUUCAUGUGCCACGUCGCAGGAAGUUCGUCGGACAAAAUUAUCAACACUUUUUAUUAAUCUUAUCAGUGACCCUUCACGAUGGGUCCGCCAAGCUGCCUUUCAGUCCUUGGGGCCUUUUAUAUCGACAUUUGCUAACCCGUCCAACAGUGGUCAGUUUUUUAAAGAAGAGGAAUGUAAAAACACUGAGGACCAGAAUCUUUCUGAGGAGAAUAGCAAUGAAAGAAUGGUGGACACAGAAGAAAUUCCAACACAUGAUGUACAAAGCCAGACGGAGCUGCUUUUAGAUGAGGAUGAGGAUGAGGAGGAUGUGACUGAUUCUGCAGAGAUUCUUAAAAAUGACAAGGAAGAGAGUAAUUCAUCAUUGGCUGAUUUCCCUGCUGAGGCAUUCUUACAUUGCACUUUGUCUCCAGAGUCAUGUAAAGAAAUUGCACGUGUAAAUGAACAGUGUUUUGAUUGCCACAGCAUAGCAGAGCUACCAACACCUGCACUAAGUUCCAUUGAAAAUGCCCUUUCGGAGCAGGAGCUAUAUAAUUCAUUCCAUUUUUGGAGGACUCCACUUCCUAAGAUAGAUGUUGAUUUAGAGCUUCAGGAAGCUGCAAAAAUACUUGAUUCAGCAACUCAGAAAAUAAAACAAAAGGUUGUUGCAUCCACUUCUUCAAACAUUACCAUGGCUACAAGAAAAGAGCUAGAAGAAAUGAUUGAAAAUUUGGAGCCUCAUAUGGAUGAUCCAGAUGUUAAAGCACAAGUGGAGGUGCUCUCUGCUGCCCUCCGGGCCUCAAGUCUGGAUCCUCAGGAGGAAGUUGCCACAGGCAUGGGCCAGUCAGUGGAUUGCCAGAGUGAAUUGAACAUCAAAGACCAGCUGAACUGUCAAUUAAUUCAGAAUAGUGCAGUGCCUUUAAUCAAUGAUGCUGUUGAGGACAUUGUAGAAUCUGCUCUUCGUUACAUUCAUCAUGAUUCUGAUUUAAGUACUAACAGUAGCUUCAGCCCUGAAGAGGAGAAAAAAUCUAAAAUUCAGGACGUUGUACCUCAGGCCUUGCUGGACCAGUAUUUAUCCAUGACAGAUCCAUCUCGAGCCCAGACUGUUGAUACAGAAAUUGCAAAGCACUGUGCCUAUAGCCUUCCAGGUGUUGCUCUGACCUUAGGUAGACAGAACUGGCACUGUCUAAAAGAUACCUAUGAGACACUAGCCUCCGAUAUGCAGUGGAAAGUUCGAAGAACACUAGCAUUCUCAAUACAUGAACUUGCUGUCAUUCUUGGAGACCAGCUUACAGCUGGGGAUCUGGUUCCAGUCUUUAAUGGCUUCUUAAAGGACCUGGAUGAAGUCAGGAUCGGCGUUCUUAAGCAUCUGCAUGAUUUUCUGAAGCUUCUUCACCCCGAUAAAAGGCGAGAAUAUCUUUAUCAGCUUCAGGAAUUCUUAGUCACAGAUAACAGCAGAAACUGGCGUUUCCGAGCAGAGCUUGCAGAGCAACUGAUCUUACUUUUAGAUCUCUACAGUGCCAGAGACAUAUAUGAUUACCUCCGACCUAUUGCUCUCAGCCUUUGUGCAGACAAGGUCUCAUCUGUUCGUUGGAUUUCCUACAAACUGGUUAGUGAAAUGGUAAAGAAGCUAUAUAAUGAUCCAACGUCAACAUUUGUGGUCGACCUCAUGAAUGAAUUAGUUGAAAGAUUCUGCAGAUGCCCCAAAUGGUCUGGUCGCCAGACCUUUGUUUUUAUUUGUCAGACUAUUAUAGAAGAUGAUAGUUUGCCAAUGGACAUGUUUGCUGAGCAUCUGCUGCCUCAUUUACUGCACUUGGCCUCAGAUAGAGUUCCCAAUGUUAGAGUCCUGCUUGCAAAAACCUUGAGGCAAACGCUUCUGGAGAAAGAGUAUUUCCUAAUGUGUGUCAAUUCCCAUCAAGAAGCAGUGGAACAGACAAUCGUGGCCCUCCAAAUGGAUAAUGACAAUGAUGUAAAGUACUUUGCAAGCAUCCAUCCUGCCAGUACCAAAAUGGCAGAUGAUGCCAUGAGCACAGCCUCUUCAACUUACUAAAGCAGAUGCUGAAUGUUACUUUCGUUUUAAUAAAAGAAACCCAAAAGCAUUACAAAAUCACAGGCAAACCUCAGGUGUUCCCAAAAUGGAUGACCGAAACCUCUUUUUUUUAUGGAGGGCAGAAUCUCUUGCCAGACUUUUCACUUCACUUCAAUUUUAUCUGAACCUGAGACCAAGAAUUUAGAGUCAAGAGAAAAUAAUAAAUAAACAAACAUUACGUGUUGAAUCUUGACUCUAGAAAAAACUUUGCUCAGAGGAUUGUAUUUGCCACCGGAGCCUUAAAUCUUCUGUCUUCCUGAAUAUGUGAAACUUGAAUUGGCUGAGCAUUUUCAGUAUAGAAGGGAUAUGACCGGCAUUUGUUACCUCCUGAGGAGUUAACUUAGAAAGCUUUUUUUUCCUUAGGAACCAAUAGCAGAAAUUCUCAUAACCUGUAAAGGAUGGAUUUGUACCAAGAAGCAAGAGACACCUCCAGUAUUAAAAAUUAAAGUUUUUAUCCUUGAAAAAGACUUAAUUUGUGUGCAGCUGAGCACAUCCUUAAGUGUGAAUAGUUUUGAUGUGUGUAAAUGAGGGAAAAGUAGAGAUUUGGUGGGAUUUUUUCACCUUAAGGGCUCAGUGCUAACACUAAACUGGAAUCUUGAUUUUAAUCCUUAAAACACAGCAUAUUGCUGUACCCAUUAGCAGAAAUUUCCGCUGAGUACCUGUGUCCUAAUGUGUUUUUUUUCAUGCUGGUCAUGACCUGAAGGAAACUUCUAUUAGCACAUGUACUUCAAGUCAGGUAUUUUUAACUUGAUCAUGAUCAGCUCUGAGGUGCAACUUUUUCAUCAUACAAUGUACAUAUCUGCGGUCACUCUCAGGAGUGCUGCAGUCUUUAAUCAUGCGAUUUCAAACUGUUGUGUUAAAAUGUUCUGUCGUCCAAAUAAAAAAAAAUUCUUAAUUAAGAGCAAAUGACAUUAUCUUCUCUUAAUAUCAUAUAAAAGUUUGCAAAUAUGAAAUGUUUUCUUAAUCAAGUCUCUCCUUUUCCUGUCUCCAUGAUGCUGUGUGCCGAAGAUUGUAUGUUUCGAUUAGCUUGAUGGUGUCACUGCAUUUUGAUGUCAGUUCAUGUUUUCCUAACACAGUGGCUCUCAACCUGUGCAUCCUCAGAUGUUUUGGCCUUCAACUCCCAGAAAUCCUAACAGCUGGAAUUUCUGGGAGUUGUAGGCCAAACACCUGGGGAACCACAGGUUGAGAACCAGUGUCCUGACAAGACAGCCAGCUCUAGUUCCUCCCAAGCCAAGGGAGGAAGUAUUUUUUGCAACCAGUGGCAUAUGUGCAUUUCUUUAUGCUGAAAAUCCAGUCUGGCAGUCUGAAUUUAGGGAAGAGGAAGCAUGUGGCAGGUACAUACAGAGUUUCAUACAAAGAGGUGAUGACUAAUUAUUAACAAAGUUGAUUAAAAAUAGCUAACCAGGCCUUGCUAUGAACAUUUAGACUGUGGUCUGGUCUUCAUGUUGCCUUAUUCCUUUUCAGAGAAGUUCACAAGUCAUCGUUAUUCACUGGUCUAUACUCCCAGUUAAAUACAUGCACAUAACAUGCUUAUAAUCUCUGUGGAGUGAUUCAAAUACAAUGUUUAGAUUGGGAAACUAUUAGCCUGGAAAACUUUGAGCAGGGUGAAAAUCAACCUUUGGAUUAAAUUAUAUCCUGGAAAUCUGGACAUGAAGCAAAUAUUCAGGAGAAGCUCUCACUAUAUAAUCAGCAUUAGAAACUAACCUGAUUGAAAAUUAACAUAUUGUUCAUGCUCAGGUGAUUUAGGCAGAAGGUUGGAAUAUGAAGUAAUUUACAAUGUAGAGAUAUUGCGGCAUGAGAUGUCUCAGCUCUCUUGAAAUCUAUUCCAGCUUCAGAGGCUGAAACCUUACUGUUAAUCCAAACUAAUGCAGAGCCAUCCAAUCAAUGGAGUUUGACUAUAUGUGGAUUCACCACUUAAGUAGUUGUAGACUAACCAGUGUACCAUUAGCCCCCAUUGCAGAGUGGAGAAAUCUUGGCUCUCAAUAAUUCUAACUGGUAUGCCAUUUAACGUUGAUAGUGGACUUAGUAGUCCAGCAACAUCUUAAGAGGCCUUGUGCUCUAUUUCUUUACCUUCUGUCAGUAUUUUCCUCCAGUGUGUUUUAAGGCUCAUACAUUUGUGUUCAAAUGUGUUAGCUGUAAACUUCAUGAAUGCCAUGGAACUGGCCGUUUCUAAAUCUGCAUUUAGUACAGUUACAAUUCACUUUUUCAUGGGGCUUGCAGUGGUCGCAUUUCCAAGGGACUGCAUGGUUCUAUAUUUCUUUCUACAACAGCGUUAAAGCACACAACAAUUCAAAGCACCGAGCACCAGGCUUCCCUUAUGAACAAGUAGGAUCUAUCAUUUCCAAGUCCAUGCAGAUUUCUGGAAUUUUUUAAAAUGGUUUUCCUACAGAAGGGCCAGAAUAAAAGCUAGUUAUGAAUUUGCUCAGCUAUCAUAUUCAUGUGUUUGACUAUUCUCUUGUAACUUGUUUUCCCCAUUACCUGGCUUCUAUAGGAAAAGUGCUGUUUGAUCACAUCACCCUUCAUAUUUUCCCCCACUAUGCUGUGUAUUUUUUAAAAAAUGGGGCUGUGAAAUUAGUGUUUGAAAAGCUUCUCUGGAGUUGUUUUAAUACUUUUCCACCACUUAUAUGCUAGCUGCUUACAGCAAUGGACUUCAACCUUUAAAAACAAAAUUGUGCCACUUUCAUCUGCUAGGUUGGCAGAAGCUGGAGCUAACAGUAGGCGCUCACUCUGCUCCCCAAAUUCGAACCUGCGACUUUUCGGUCCUCAAGUUCAGCAGCUCAGCACUUUAACACACUGCACCACUGGGGGCUCUUGUAACUAGGAGUUGUAUGUAAAUUGCAUGUUUGUAAAUCGGUGACUGCCUGAAUUGGGGUUACCAACUGCAGGGAUCUUGUAUCAGUGGAUUCAGCUAAAUAUAAAUUCACAAUACUUUGAAAUGUGUAUAAAAGACCACACAUUUAGACUGUUCCUUCCAUUUAUAUAUGGCAGCAAAUGGCUGUAUAGCAAUAGAGCAAAUCCAGGCACCUCAUUUCAUCCUCUAACCACUUGAUCAAACAGUAUCUCAGGCCAAGAAAAGUAAUUAUGUCUGGAUGUCAACAUAUUUUGUGUUUUCUGGAUUGAAAUAAAAGAAUUUACAGAU